AUGCGAGCUUUCUCGUUACUGGUUCACUCGUCUAAUGUUGACUUACAGCGCUCAGCAGCCAUUGCUUUUUCGCAACUUACUCGUGAAGAUUUUAUCAAAGUAGAAGCAAAGGUCAUUAAGUUAAUAGUGAGUCUGCUCCAAACCAAUGAUUCCCAGACACUUAAAGCAGCAUUGGAUACUUUAAUCAAUCUAAUGACUUCUGUAGAGAACGUCUUAUCAUUUGUUCAAUCGGGGGGACUAGAAUGGAUCAAACGCAUAAUAACAAUGAUGCAGGAAACUGAGAUCGUUCUCAGUGCUGUUCGUUGCUUGUCUCAUCUUGCCAUUACAGAGUCUCUUAGUAUUGCUGUCGCCGAAGCAGGAUUGGUGAUUCCGCUGGCACAUCUCACUCAGUCGGAAGAUGACAAAAUAAAGGAGGACGUUGUGAGUAUGCUGGCGAGACUGGCAAAAACUGGUGAAAAUAAACAGCAUUUGAUCGACGGCGGUGCAAUUCCAGCAUUGAUCAGAGUAUUGAAAUGCCAUAAUCCAGAUGCUCAAUCGUACGCCAUCAUGGCCAUCGUCGAAAUGGGUGCAAGUCCAUUUGAUGUCACGGCUUUAAAUAUGGCGUCCUCUGAGGUGCUCGGAAUUUUUGUUUCACUUACAGGAUCUACUAACGUGUUGCUCAAGACUAUGGGAGUCACUGCUGUUCGAAAAUGGCUGGAAGACAAGCAUUGCAACAUUGAAUUCGUUCGAGCAGGGCUUUUGCAGUCUCUCUGUCCAGACCUUCAGUCAACAGAUGCCGACGUUCUCCUUCGUUCUUUGACCUGUAUCAACAUGAUAUCAGAGUGUCUGGAGAAUCAACCGCAGGUGCUAAAUAUGAAAAUCGAGGGUCGUUUGAUUGAGCUAAUGGAAGAUACAGAGAAUGAUUUCGCCCAGGGCUUAGCUAUCUCUACUCUAUUUAGAAUAUCACAUAACAGUGAAAGAGGCAGACAAGUCCUAUUUGAUGCAGGAAUUGUUCAACGCAUGCGUCCAGUAGUUCUUCAAACAAUCCCUAAUAACCAAGCUCUGUUAGCGGCGAUAGUGUCUACACUUUCUGAUAGCGUUAAUUUACGCCAGAAAAUUUUACCACAAGGUGCGAUCGAGAUUUUUGUGUGUUGCACCACAUCUUCAUUUGAUCGGGCACAGAGGUACGGCAUGGACGCUCUCAAUAAGCUUUUAAUGAAAUUGUCCGAUCUCAAAUAUUAUGUUGCAGCGUGGGACGUCCCUGCUGGUGGGAUCCAUGGCUGUUUGACACGAUCACUUGGGGAUACGGACAUUGCAGCUCAGAAACGCGCUCUUAUGAUGAUCACAGCACUCCUAAAAGGGAACAAUGGAAUCCUUAUAAAGCGGCUCAAAAACUCUACUCAAAUUAAAGCAGCAAUCUCGCGUAUCAGCACGACAAGCGGCACGGUCCCU